AUGUAUAACUUGAAGUUGGAUGAUUGGGUUUUAUGUCGAAUUUACCACAAGAACAAUUCCCCUCCCCCGAGAGAUCAUCAUCAUCAUCAUGACUCGCCAGCAGCAAUACCUAAUUCCUUAUUACUUCAUCCUCCUUCUUCUUCUUCAAGAUCCGUCGACAUUAACAACAACAACAACGAUGUCGACCACAUGAACUUAUUUGAAGGACUAAUAAGCGGCGGCGGAGGAGGAGGAGGAGGCGAUAUUGGUGGUCAGUUUAUAACACGGCUACAGUUUCCUAAUUAUUCGUCGACAGGUCUGAACACAACAACAACAACAACAACAACAGAAGUAGUUCCGAUGAAGAGGACUUUCCCUUUUCUAUACUGGUCGACCUCGAAUGGGUCCACGUCGACGGCGCCGGCAAAGAGAUUCCAUGAAGAUGAAGAUGAAGAAGAAGAAGAAGAUUAUCAUCAUCAUCAUCAUCAGAAUACUACGACGGAAGAUGAAAGUAGUAUUAAUAAUACUACUACUUCAAUUGCGACGACUAUGCUGAACCACCAGCAUGUUCAACAGAGCCCAUCAUCAUCAUCAUCAUCGCACCAGCAGCAAGCCAUGCUCGCCUCAUCAUGUCUUCCCUUUCAGCUUCCCGGCGUCAACUGGUACACUAAUUAA